AUGUCCAUGACAAAAGCUUGCGAGUCGAUGAGAGCCGCUGCCCAGGCAGCUCAGCCCUACCCAUCUCCAACAUCAAAUGUUCCCUUAAAAGAACUCAGAGAGCAAGCACAUUCUCUUCUCGAUCCCUCGAACGACCAGACUCGGAGCAAAUUCGAAUUCUUCCCCUUCCUACCCAUAGCAGUCAGAAAUAUGAUUUGGAAAUUGGGAACGCCGAGACCGGAUGUUCUCAAAGUCUCGAUUCAUGGUUGGCGCCGAUGCCUUAGCUUGUAUGAUACUGGCGUGUUUGAUGUUCAAUCAGAGCAGGAUGGAAAAUCAGAGCAAGAUGAUUCUGAUAUAGAAGGUGGAGACAGCAGCAAGAAGUCCUUGCCAUCCUUCACAUACAGUGCUUGGGAGGAGUUUGCCGACUUUUCCAUCACCGAGUGUUGCAAGGAGGCACGUCAUGUCAGUUGCAGCCUUCUACCAAGAUCUCUCGCCACAGUGUCUUGCGAGCCUCGAAUCCGCUUCGACCCAGCCAUCACGGCCAUCUAUAUCCACAAUUUUCACGGCCUUCUCAUGACUGUUGACUUUAACAAAGAAAACUAUACAGGAGAAGAUUGGUUUUGUAAGGAUUCAUGCAUUGGUUCCGGAAUUACGACACUCGUGGUGCACGAGUCGCGUUUCUGGAAUCAGCAUCCUGAGUGCCGGUGGGAGUGGUUCAGUGCGUGGAGAUGGGUUGGGGUCCUCCGAAAGAUGUUUAAGGAUGUGGACACGGUGGUUGCUUGGGACAUCCUCGAAUCACCAUGGAGUUUCGAAGACCAGGACCUUCGUUACUGGGAGAAACAAGACGCCGUACAGGCAGAAGAUGAACACAAGAAUGCGGGAACCCACAGAGCUACUGAUCAGAAGGACGUCGAUAGCAGUACAGAUUCUGCUCAACCAAGACGCGUGAAGUAUGGAGAAGACUGCUGGUUCGAUGUCGACUUGUUCGAGAAGAAGCUGAACAACUUUUUUGAGGUGGAGGUCGUCGAUGUUUUGAAGGAAGAUUGCUGCUUCGACCCUUCGAGUCCCAAAUAUCGAAAGCGUCCUCAACUCAAGUUCCAUGAAAGCGCUGAUAUCAGCAAACGUCUCGAUAAAUUCAGUCUUCGGAUCGGCUCAAAGUGAUGUGGUUUCCCUUUCGGCCUCACUUCCAGCUAUUCGGAUUCACGAAGGCUCUAUACUGCCAUGUACUGUAGAGUAUCUGUAG